AUGUCUGGAAAUGAACCGCUUACCAAGAAGUUUAAGAAAACAAUUUCCGAAGUUGGCACUUCAAAAACCAGUAACUUCUUAAACGAUGUAGCAGCAGAGCGUAAUAAAACCGCUUCUUCUAUAAUGGAUUUUAAAUUCAAUAAGAAACGUGUACGUGUGUUAUCUGAACGAAAAGAAGUCCCCGAAUGGGCUGAAGGAGUUAUUUAUUGGACUUUCAGAGAUGAACGUAUUCAUGAUAACUGGGCAUUACUUUAUGCACAAAAAUUAGCAAUUAAAAACAAAGUUUCAUUACAUAUCACAUUUUGUAGACUGAAACAAUUUUUGGACUGCAGCUUACGGCAUUAUAAACAUAUAUUUCAAGGCUUGGAAGAACUAGAAACUGAGUGUAAAUCACUAGAUAUCCAAUUUCAUUUCUUAAUUGGUUGUGCGGCAGACAUACUACCAGAUUUUGUAAAGAAGCAUAAACUGGGUGCAAUAAUUGUAGAUUUUAUGCCUGUGCGAGAACAUAUGUCAUGGACUAAACAAUUAGCUGAUCGUAUUGGAUCUGAAGUACCAGUUAUACAGGUAGAUGCCCAUAAUAUUGUACCUUGUUGGGUGGCUUCUGACAAACAAGAAUAUGCUGCAAGAACAAUACGAAACAAAAUCAAUAACAAAUUACCAGAGUUUUUAACAGAAUUUCCACCAGUGAUCAAACAUCCAUUUCACAGUUCAUUCAAAGCUAAACCAACGAAUUGGGAUGAAGCCGACAAAACCUUAGAAGUGGACCGUAGCGUUGUAUCUGUACCAGGUCUGAAGGCUGGUUUCAAAGCUGGUAUGAGCGAAUUAGAACAGUUUCUGAAAAAAAGAUUGCCAAAAUAUUCUACGGAUCGAAAUAAUCCAAUAAAAGACGGUCUUAGCAAACUGUCACCUUGGUUGCAUUUUGGUCAGAUAUCAGCUCAAAGAUGUAUCUUAGAAGUUAGUAAACUAUCAAAACAGUACCCGGAGAGUGUGGCAGCUUAUAGGGAAGAAGCAAUUGUUCGACGAGAACUCUCUGACAACUUUUGUUUCUACAACCCAAAAUAUGAUAAGAUUGAAGGUGCACCUAACUGGGCUCAAACAUCUUUAAAUGAACACAGAAAAGAUAAACGAAUGUUUGUGUACACCAGAGAAGAGUUGGAAGGUUCACGCACGCAUGACGAUCUGUGGAAUUCUGCACAAAUACAGUUGGUAAAGGAAGGCAAGAUGCACGGUUUCCUACGUAUGUACUGGGCAAAAAAGAUACUGGAAUGGACCGAUACUCCAGAAAGAGCACUAGCAGAUGCAAUUUAUCUCAAUGACAAAUAUAGCAUGGAUGGUCGUGACCCAAGUGGUUUUGUUGGAUGUAUGUGGUCAAUAUGUGGUAUUCAUGAUCAGGGGUGGAAAGAAAGAGAAAUUUUUGGAAAAAUUAGAUAUAUGAACUAUGCAGGAUGCAAGAGAAAGUUUGACAUAAAUGCUUUCAUAGCUAGAUACGGUGGCAUGGUUCACAAGUAUACUAAAAAAUAA